CUCUCUUACCCUUUUUCUCUAUCUUCUUCUCACACUCACUCUCUCGCACUCCACUAGCCUACAAUUUCGACACAACACACCGCACCCAUCAAAGUAUAUAACAACAACAUAUACUUGUGUUGGAAUCCGACAUUCUUGAGUACAAACUAAAGUUCAAGUCUUGGGUUUGUGUUUUCCAUUUUCUUGGAAAGAGGUUUUGCGAUGGAGGGUUUAGCAGGUUUGAGCCAUCUUUUUGUGACCAUAUUUCUAACUGGGUUUGGUGGUAUCAUAGCUAUGCCUUCAAUAACAGACGUUACCAUGGCUGCACUUUGCCCUGGUCAAGAUCAGUGCUCCCUUGCCAUUUACCUCUCUGGUAUCCAACAAGCUAUGGCUGGAGUGGGGUCAGUGGUGAUGACACCACUCAUAGGAAACUUGUCCGACAGAUAUGGCAGGAAAACCUUGAUCACUCUUCCUCUCACUCUAUCAGUCAUUCCUCAUGUGAUAUUGGCAUAUAGCAGGGAGACCAAAUUCUUCUAUGCGUACUAUGUUGUGAAAACUCUUGCUUCCAUGGCAGGCGAAGGGUCCUUCCACUGCCUGGCUUUUGCAUAUGUGGCAGACAUGGUUCCAGAUGGGAAACGAACAUCCGCAUUUGGGAUACUUGCUGGUGUUGGAUCAGCAUCAUUCGUUGGUGGAACGCUAGCAGCUCGUUUCCUAUCCACUGCCUUGACAUUUCAGGUUGCUGCUGUCUUGUCAAUGAUUGCAUUGGUGUACAUGAGAAUUUUCCUUAAGGAUAGUGUACCUGGUGGUGGUGUGAGCCAGCCAUUGUUGAAAGAGGUGGAGGAGACAUGUGCUGAGGAUGAUUCAUCACGAAAAAGGGCAACAGGAGCAUUUAAGAAACUGCCCUCUCUGGGGGAUUUGAUUUGCUUGCUCAAGUGUAGUCCCACGUUCUCGCAAGCGGCAGUUGUUUCGUUCUUCAAUAGUCUUGUGGACGGUGGCUUGAUGGCUGUGUUGCUGUAUUAUUUAAAGGCACGCUUUCAAUUCAACAAGAACCAGUUUGCAGAUUUGUUGAUGAUUACUGGGGUUGGAGCUACUCUUGCACAACUAUUUCUCAUGCCCAUUUUAGUGCCUGUUAUAGGAGAGGAGAAACUACUCUCCACAGGGCUCUUGAUUGGCUGCAUAAAUGUCCUUGUCUACAGCAUAGCAUGGUCAGCAUGGGUUCCUUAUGCUCUAGCAGGUUGCUCUAUAUUCUCAGUUUUUGUGCGGCCAAGUUUAUGCAGCAUUGCAUCGAAGCAAGUUGGACCUACAGAACAGGGAAUGGUUCAAGGAUGUCUUUCAGGAAUUAGUUCCUCCGCCAACAUCAUUGCUCCGUUAGUUUUCAGUCCACUGACAGCCUUAUUCCUGUCAGAAAAUGCUCCGUUUUAUUAUCCUGGCUUCAGUAUAAUGUGCCUUGGGCUAGCGAUGAUGAUAGCAUUUUUUCAGAGUCUAAUGAUCCGAGCUGCUCCUCCUAUUGCGGUUGGAAAAAUUAGCAAUAGCCGCUGCACGGAUACUUUGGUCUGAGAUGAAGACUACUAGCUCUCGAUCGGGCAAUAAACAUUACACCUUACUGCUUCAUUUUGUCUCUGGAAAAUUCUUGUUCAUAGCUCAUCAGACGAUAAAUUAGAAAGAUGGCAGAAGGAAUCGCACUAUAAGUGUAGAUUAUAGGGUCUCCACGUAUGCUUGUGCACUUGGAGAUAAAAAACAGUAGAUAGCAAAAUACAAAAAAUAAAAAUAAAAGAAAAUUAAUCCGGUGAACCAAUAGCAGAACCACGUUUCUUUGGAAUUAUUAAGAGGAAAUGUGGCAUAUGUUUAUGAACCGUAGGGUCUCAUUAGUUACUGCUAAGUCAUUUUAUCUUUGCAAUGUUGACCAUUGUAUGCAAACAUCCUUAAGCCUUAGCACUACAUUUCUAGCUAGUAUAUAUUUUUUUCCAAAGUUUCCACUUCGUAGUCAUCAGCAGGAACUUAGUAACUUUUAUAUUAUGAAUGAACAUUUCAAUUUGAGC